GUGGAUCGCUCAGCCGGGAGUGGGCCUCCGAUUUUCCGCGUUGUGCAGCUGGAAAGAAACGAACACCUUGAGAUUGAAGCAAUGCCGAAAGCCAGCAUGGCUUCCGUCAUCCGCUUGUGGUGUGGUUCGUAUCUGGUAUACGCCGUGGACUCUUCUCUCCUGGUCUACGACUAUCGGGACAAGGAGCUGAAAGCCACUAUCACAGGACACCGGGCAGAAAUCGUGGCAGUCGACACGCAAGACCCAGAGAUCCUGGCGACUUUGGCUCGGGAUGCCUCAGUGAAGCUUUGGAACGGACGGACCGGGCAGUGCAUGACAACCGUGCAUUUCCCAGAUGCUCACUACUUCAUGGAGUACCCGUACUGUCUCUCCGUGAGCGGUCACAGAAUUCUGGUGUCUGCAGAUGAAGGCGUGUUUCUGACUGAGUUAGAGCAGACGCCAGCUGAGACCCGGCGUCACUUGCCACGGUGGGUGGAGGUCCAGGAGCGGGGCAAGAUCGAGAUGAAAGGCAAGGGCCAGGUGACUACUUACCUUUUUCGCGGGGCCUCGCGGCAAGCCGAGCUCUCGCGAGAGCUUGAGAGAUCCCACGUCCACUUCGGGGGGCUCGCGCCGGUCGAGAGGCCUGGGUUUGCUGUUUUCACUAGUGGGCACCUUACGCAGCUAUGGCUAUGUGAUGUGAGUGCUGACGACUUCGGCAAACAGGCACUGUAG